AUGGUUCGGCGGCAGAGCAACAGUACUCGGUUAUUGGAUGAUUCUUCUUCCAUUGAAGCGAUAACUUCACGCAAGGGGGCCCGACUUGGUCGGAUCAAAAGUCAAUUGUCAUCCUCGGGAUCUUUGAACCAACAACACAAGGCAGGCCGCUACUCGAAUGACGGUGCAGCCAAGAAUGGAACCUCGGAGGAUCUUGAAGAAGAAGUAUCAUCUGAAUUGGGUCCCAUGACGAACGAUCUGCAAGAAGCAGCACAUCAUCAUUCUUAUCUCAAGGAACCACAAACGGAUAUUGUCGGUGAUACAAUGGUAUCCAAAACAGCUACAUCCAUAGCAGUAGUAUCCUCCAGAAAGAUAAAGGACACUAGCUUUGAAAACGACCACGAGCAAGAUGAAGCAUCGUUGGCAAAGUUGGAAUUAAGGGGUCAAGAGGAGGAGUCUGGUGGUCGUUCAACAAGAACAACAACAACAACAACAAUGCUACCACCACCGCCUUCAACAAGUCCGCCAGAAUCUCCCAGCACUACCAUCCAAACAUCAAAACUUAAGGCGCAUACCCCCGAGACAGUAGCCAGUGCUGCCGACUACGAUGAGCCCGAAGUGCCAAUCGACGAGAGAGCAAUGGACGAGGAACAACCCGAGGAUGAAUUGCAACAACAAUCGUCAUCAGCGUUGGUGUAUGAAAAAGAGGAGACAUGUUCGUCAUCAGACUCUGUUUCUACCAGCGUGAGGACCCCACCACGGAACAAUCGCAAAGGAAUAGCACUGGCUGCAAUUUUUGCUGGUGUGGAAGAUGACAAUAGUGCUGCAACAGACAUGCCCAACAUCGCGAAAGAAGAAGAAGGGAGCGAACAUCAAGGAUCAUGGCUCCGUCAGUUCAUGCAAGACACAUUUUCCACCAUUACCAAGACUGCGGACGUUCCAAUAGCAACUUCCAAAGGCAAAGAAGUUCCAUCACCAAUGCCAGCAAGCGGUGAGGCCAACCCAGACACUGUUACUUCCAUCGUUGGCGAAGGCGAAAAGGAUGAUGAUGAUGAUGCUUAUGAAGAAGAAGACGAUGGAUUGGACCCCAAAGAAGAAAAAGAGGAUAUCGAAUACGUUUCUCUGAGCGAUAGGAUACCAAGAAAGAACAAUAAGAAGCACUCGAAAAAAGCAAAGAGGAUGGCAAAAAUGAAAAACAUGAUGAACUGUAGUGGCCCUGAUGUUGUGUGGGAAAAUAACAGCUACGAUUUUGAAGACGAGAAUUCUGACAUUUUUGACAAGAUGGACCAGGAAGAAGCCGACCGGCGAUCCAAAGAGACAUCGAAUAGCUUUACUCCAUUUUUCGCCGCAAUUGAAUCCAUGAUUGGCGAAAUAGUGCCAGAAACAAUCGGAAAGGAAGAGUAUGUCCCAAUGUGCGCUUGUACCACAGAAGGCGCAGAGGACGAGACUGACGCGAAAGCUUUUGAAGAAGCUGCCAAUGAUCUGGUGCUGUACGCGUAA